UCGAUACUACAUCUAGUCUUCAGAGAAGAAAAAGAGCCUGAUAAUGAAAUGUCGCAUUGGCAGUACUGGUAUAGUCAGCAGCCCAAUCCUAAUCAACGUGCCUUUGAUAUAGAUCGCAAAUCAUGUCAAAAUGUAGAAGAACGUAUUGAAGAAAUAGCUUAUAAUGCGGUUGCCUUCUAUUGGAAUCCUGCCGAUAAUGCUAAAAUUGCUGCACGUAUUAAUUGUUUGAGCACAGACUUUUCUCCUCAAAAAGGCGUGAAGGGUAUUCCUCUGCAUUUGCAAAUCGAUACUUACGAAGAUCUAACUUCUAGCGAUGUAGAACCUGUGCACAGAGCCUUUUGCAAAGUCAAAAUAUUCAGAGACAAAGGUGCUGAAAGAAAGAAUAAGGACGAGUCAAAGACUGCACGGAAGCGUAUCCAAAAAAUGCUUAAAGCACAUACUCAGAGUGUGGAUGCAUCGUCGGCGAUUAUGGAGAGUACGCCGUCAUCUACAUAUCUAACCCCAACCACACCUUUAGGUCCGAAACCAGUAUUGUUUAUGCCAUACAUGAAUAUCGAAACUUCGAAUCGACUGGUUGAAAACGUUAAUAAUACGCCUACUGGAUCAAGUAAUCCUUCAUCCUCAUUUUUUACGACAGUUAGGUACAAAAAUAUCUUCUUUUCUGUUACAAUUUAUGUCAAGAAGGAAGAAGAAACUGCAUAUCAUGCGCUAAUGCUGAAGAACUGCACUGUAGCAGAACUAGUCGAUUGUCUUGCCAAAAAAUACGGUGUACGAACUGAUAUGAUAACGGGUGUUUACAAGCGUACAAAAAAGGGGAUUCUUGUAAAUAUGGACGAUCAAAUCGUAGAGCAUUUUCAAGAUGAAGAUGACUUUGAAAUACAGCUUAAUUUUGACAAUCAAACGGGACAUUUCGAUCUAAUCUUAAAAAUUACGUAG